CAAUUCUUCUAAAGUCUCAGGCUUUAUAUAUACUCAUAAUAACCAUAGCCGAGUUUCAUCAUCCAUUUUCUCUCUCCUCAAAUCUCCCAAAUCAAUCUCAAUUUUCAAUAACCCUAACCCUAACCCUAACCCUAAUUUUGACAGACCAAUUUCAUUUUUAUCAUUACCCCCAAAAAUGGCUACUUGUGUUCAUACAUCUAGGGCAGAACCCACCAAAAAUUGCGAUUCAGACAGAUCUCAAUCUGAUCAUAACCAUUAUAGAUACAUGAAUUACUGCCGACCCAGUUUCUCUGAUCUUGUUCCCUGCGCACCCAUUUCCCAGAUUAAUCAGAAACCUGUUAAUUCGAAGGAAUUUGUUGCAGAUUCCGAGGAUGAUUUAUGGUCAAAAAUGGUGAAAGAGGCGAAAUCUGAUGUUGAGCAAGAGCCGAUUUUGUCAAAUUUCUAUUACAAUUCGAUUCUGUCUCAUAAAUGCUUUGAGAAGGCCUUGGCUAAUCAUUUAGCAGCGAAAUUGAGCUUUUCAAGCUUGAAUUCAAACACCCUUUUUGAUCUUUUUCUUAGUGUGCUUAUCGAAAACAGAGAAAUCAUGAAGGAUGUUAAAGAGGAUUUACGAGCUGUUCGGGAACGCGACCCGGCUUGUAUAAGCUAUGUUCAAUGUUUCUUGAACUUCAAAGGGUUUUUAGCUUGUCAAGCUCAUAGAAUUGGGCAUAAGUUAUGGUCACAAGGGAGGAAAAUCCUAGCGUUAAUGAUACAAAACAGAGUAUCAGAGGUUUUCGCAGUGGAUAUCCACCCAGGAGCGAAGAUCGGGCGGGGAAUAUUGUUUGAUCAUGCUACUGGGGUUGUGAUUGGUGAAACUGCUGUUAUUGGGAACAAUGUUUCAAUUUUACACAAUGUGACUUUAGGGGGUACUGGUAAAACUUGUGGGGAUAGACACCCGAAAAUAGGAGAUGGGGUGUUAAUUGGGGCUGGAACUUGUGUUUUAGGGAAUGUUAAGAUUGGGGAUGGUGCAAAAAUUGGGGCUGGUUCUGUAGUUUUAAAGGAAGUUCCACCAAGAACUACUGCUGUUGGUAACCCUGCAAGACUAAUUGGGGGUAAAGAAAACCCGAUUCGACUCGAUAAGAUCCCGAGUUUCACCAUGGAUCAUACUUCUCAUAUAACUCAGUGGUUUGAUGUCCCUAUGUUUUAGUGAUGAUGAUGAUGAUGAUGAUGAUGAUGAUGAUGAUACAGAAGCUCAUAUUUGUAUGCUAUCCUAUGUUUUAGUGAUGAUGAUGAUGAUGAUGAUGAUGAUAGAGAAGCUCAUAUUUGUAUGCUAUCCUAGUUCCUUUUGUUCUGCAUUUGGUAAUAAGAUUACAUUAGUUGUACUUGUAGUACCCUAUAAGAGUGUAAGCUUGUAAAAACUUGUCAACUUUGGACCUUUUGGUGCAUUACUUGCUUUGAUUUUCUCUCA